AUGGGGGGCGUGACUUCUUCAAUGGCGGCGAAGUUGGCGUUCUUCCCUCCGAGUCCGCCGUCGUACAAGCUGGUCAAGGAGGAGGCCACGGGACUGCUACUCAUGGACCCCUUCCCUCACCGCGAGAACGUGGAGGUGCUCCGCUUCCCCAACCGCCGCGGCACGGAGAUCGUCGCGGUCUAUGUUCGCCACCCUACUGCUAAGUCCACCGUCCUUUAUUCCCACGGUAAUGCCGCCGAUAUUGGUCAGAUGUACGAGCUCUUUGUCGAGUUGAGCAUCCACCUCCGCGUCAAUCUCAUCGGAUAUGAUUACUCUGGCUAUGGACAGUCAUCAGGGAAGCCAAGUGAGCAUAAUACUUAUGCUGACAUUGAAGCUACGUAUAAGUAUCUUGAAGAGAACUAUGGUGUUAAGCAGGAAGACAUCAUCCUUUAUGGCCAGUCUGUCGGAAGUGGUCCUACUUUGGAUCUUGCUUCCCGAUUACCCCGACUAAGGGCUGUUGUUCUCCACAGUCCUAUACUAUCAGGGUUGAGGGUCAUGUACCCUGUGAAACGGACAUACUGGUUUGACAUUUAUAAGAACAUUGAUAAAAUUCCAUUGGUUAAGUGUCCGGUGCUAGUAAUUCAUGGAACUGCUGAUGAGGUUGUUGAUUGCUCUCAUGGAAAGCAGUUGUGGGAGCUGUGUCAACAGAAAUACGAACCAUUAUGGCUCAAAGGAGGAAAUCACUGUAAUUUGGAACUCUAUCCUGAAUACCUACGACAUCUCAGAAAAUUCAUAUCCUCAGUAGAAAAGCCACCAUCCCAAAGAGUGAGUUUCAGGAGAAGUGUAGACAGGGUUGAACAAUCCAGAGGAAGUACUGAUUGCUUUGAAACGCCAAGGAAGAGUACCGAUCAGAGGGAAAAACCAAGGAAAAGCACUGAUAGGACAGAUAGAAUGAAAUUUCAUGAAUUCAAAUUCAAUAAUACUGAAAAGUUAGAAAAGAUAAGAGUCCAAUUUGAUCAGAUGGAGAGGUCGCGAAGAAGCGUUGAGUACAAUGAUAAAUCAAGAAGCAUUGAGUUCCAAGAUAAAUCCAGGAGAAGUGUUGAUGUUCAGUUUGAGAGGCCACGGAAGAGCAUUGAUUGGCUGGAUAGAAUUCGAGCAAGCUGA